AUGUUGGAUGAGAUUUAUCCGGCGCGGAAUCAACCCGAGGGCGAUGACAACGUGUAUACGCUCGGUCGAAUUGGUCAACACAACAUCGUGAUCGCGUGUCUCCCGGCUGGCAGUACCGGCAUUACCCCAGCAGCCAAGGGAGCAGCAGACAUGCUCCGAAGUUUCCCUAGCAUUCGUUUUGGGCUGAUGGUGGGGAUAGGCGGCGGAGCACCUUCCAGCGCCAGCAAGUCUCCUGAUGAAGAAGAUAUUCGGCUUGGUGAUGUGGUAGUCAGUGUUCCUGAUGGAGAGCUGGGUGGGGUUAUAAAAUAUGACCGUGGGAAGAUGGUGGCCGGCGGCCAGUUUGAACACACAGGAAUGCUCAAUAUGCCACCAGCUCAACUGCGAAACGGAGUAAAUAAAUUACGGGCGACUUAUGAGGCUCAACGGAAUGGAUUGUCGCGGCAUGUUACGGAUAUGAUCGAGAAAACACUAGCAUUAAGAGAGGGGAGCAACCCACGGUUUGGAGACCUAUACAGUCAUCAAGGGUGGGAGUAUGACCAGCUUUUUGAGGUAUCUUAUGAGCAUCAAGAGUCUGCUGUGCAGUCGAGCCUUCUUUCCUCUAAUUCCAGAAGUCAUAUUGUCAUCGCUGUCCUAGGUAUCAGUCUGUUCGCUUCUUGGGGCGCGAUUGCAUUCAACUCCAGCAGUGGUAUGUUGGCUUCUGCUUCGCUCUUUUCUGCCGCCGUCGCUCUGUUGGUGUUCUUAGUUGGGGCAGCAGCCGCAUUAAUGAGCGAUGGUCACACCGUCCGUAAAUCGGGAUCAAGUCAUCAUAAGCAACAACCAUGCCCAUACUGUGACACCUCCCGUUUGGUGCGUCGACGCCCUCGGACGACUACGGAUCCUGUCAUUCACCAUGGUACCAUUGCCUCCGCAGAUAUGGUGAUGAGGCACGCCGCCACGCGAGAGAGACUUCGCAGACAAUAUCGCAUACUGUGCUUCGAGAUGGAGGCUGCAGGGUUGAUGAAUGAUUUUCCUUGCCUGGUUAUUCGAGGCAUUUGUGAUUAUUCCGACACCCAUAAACAUAAGAUCUGGCAACGGUAUGCGGCUGCGACAGCCGCGGCUUAUGCCAAGGACCUCCUGAGUGUCAUUCCACCAGCUGAGGUGAUGAAGAUGGAAGUCGCUGCGGAGCUUGUUGAAACGGAACAAGAGAGAAAGAUGCGCCAUAGAAUUCUGUCGUGGCUUGCUCCCUCUGCUCAGCAAGCUGAGCAAGUAGAUGCUUUCAGUAAGCACCGGCCGGGCACUGGUCAAUGGUUUCUGCAUUCCGAACAGUUUAGCCUCUGGCUAGAUGGGAAACAACAAACAUUGUUCUGCCCCGGGAUUCCUGGUGCCGGAAAGACAAUAUUGGCUUCCAUCGUCAUUGAUCAUCUGCAGCGAGAGAUAAGCAGAGAGACCCCGGUGGCUUACCUGUACUGCAGCUAUGAUCAAAGGCAGAUCCAAACUGCCUCCAAUCGACUUAGUAUCGUUCUGCGGCAGAUUUUGGAGCAGCUAUCCGGCCCAGUUCCCGCAUCGGUUCGUUCUCUCUAUGAACAACACGAAGCCAGGAGUUCCAAGCCGACAAUGAAAGAUUUAUCGAACACUCUUCUGGGAGUCGUCAUGGAACUUGAUCGAGCGUUCCUUGUCGUCGACGCCCUGGAUGAGUGCUCGGAGGAGACGUGCAGGGAACUGCUCGACCAAGUCCGGAGUUUACAAUCGAGUGGUAAACUCAGCUUCAUGGUAACAUCUCGGCCUUCCCUAGAGUACGCAUUCGAUGGUGCCAUACGGCUGGAUAUUAGGGCACAAGGGGCAGAUAUCGAAUGUUACCUGGACAGUCGUUGGAGUGAGCUAUCGCGUUCUGUUCAACAGGACGAGAUAUUGAAACUGAAGAUCACGCAACAGAUUAUCAAUUUGGUGGAUGGGAUGUAA